AUGACGAACAACGCCCUCAUCCCCUUCCUGGUCACGAUGAUGCUCGUGACCGGGGAUAUGCAAUGUGUGCGGAACUGUGAUUCACCCGAACCCAGCUACCGGAAGCUCUUCGAGCAGCCAGUCAUUCAAACAGCCCAGAUGUUCGUCGGCGAGAUGGGCUGCUGGCUCGUCGUUGGCCUAACCUCCCUCUACCGCUGCUACAUCGCCCCCCGUCUAUCCAGCGAUCCCUCUCCGCUCCUUGCCGGCGGAUAUCACCCAGUAAACGGAGAAGACGAGCGCCUAGAGAACGACGAUGAACAUAUCCGCGGACUCGACACCGACAACAGACACCCCAAGCCCCUCCGGGAGGACGACGAGCGCAUCCCACUGCGUGGCUGGAAGGUCCUCCUCCUCGCCGCGCCCUCCAGCUGCGAUAUCGCCGGCACAACCCUAAUGAACGUAGGCCUCCUCUUCGUGGCAGCAAGUAUCUACCAAAUGACCCGCGGCGCCCUGGUCCUCUUCGUCGGCCUGUUCAGCGUCAUCUUCCUCCGCCGCAAACUGUACAUGUACCAGUGGAGCGCGCUCUUCAUCGUCGUCCUCGGCGUGGCGGUUGUCGGUCUUUCUGGGGCUUUGUUCAGCGGCAAUUCUGGUCAUGAUAUCACGCAGGGUGAUGGAGCCGCGGGUACUGUUUCGCAUGCUAUGAUCAAGGCCCGUGCUGUUGCUGGGACCCCCGAGGCUGUGAAAGCUAUCAUUGGUGUGCUGCUUAUUGCGGCGGCGCAGAUUUUCACCGCUUCGCAGUUUGUACUGGAGGAGUGGAUUCUCGAGCACUAUGCUAUGGAUCCUAUCCAGGUUGUCGGCUGGGAAGGUGUAUUUGGCUUCUUGGUCACUCUCGUCGGUAUGGUCGUUAUGUACUUUGCCGUUGGGCGAACUGAGGCUGGUCGCUAUGGGUACUUUGAUAUGAAGGAGGGAUGGCGUCAACUGACUAGCAACCGUGCCAUUUCUGUUUCUAGUCUAGCGAUCAUGGUCAGCAUUGGCGGCUUCAACUUCUUCGGUCUAUCGGUUACUCACACCGUCUCUGCCACCUCCCGCAGCACAAUCGAUACCUGCCGUACCCUCUUCAUCUGGCUCGUCUCGCUCGGCCUGGGCUGGGAGACCUUCAAGUGGCUCCAAGUUGCCGGCUUUGCACUCCUCGUCUACGGAACAUUCCUGUUCAAUGACAUUGUCCGGCCCCCUCUCAAGGCCUGCUUGCCUCGCAACCGGGGAGAGGGCGAGGUCCUUCUCCCCGAGGAUCCUAUUGAGCAUAUUUGA